AUUCCAGCUAUCGUUGACACUGCUGACGUGUUUCCCUCUACAGGAAAAAACACGAAUCGGAUUUAGCGACCGCCCCUCGUCGCCCAACGUUGCAACAUAGUUUUCACACAAACUAAAACGCAAGCAAUGCCGACCCCCCAUAGGAGACCAGUCACCUAUUAGGCCACGACUCACGCAUUCGUUCAGCGGACAACGAGACACUGGAGCGGUCACAGAAACAGGAACAGGCACAGGCUGAAUGAAUUGUAGCUGGAGCUACAAACACUGUGACCACUACAACAACGGUGCGGAGCGGGACAAGGCAUCGGAAAGUGAAGCCGUGUUCACAGAGCGAGAGCGCUAAGCUGAAACAACACACCGAGCGACCCAAGUCCACGUAGCGAAUGAGAAGGAGCCCUCAACAUGGCGAUGCUUACAAUGAUAGCCAGAGGCAUCGAUGGCCUGCCACUGGUAGGCACCAUGCAGGAAGACGAGCAGAGCGGACGCACCAUCUUGGAUUAUCAGAACCAGGCGAAGAUGCUCUUCCGGAAGCUGGGCACACACUCGCCGGCCAGGAGUAGCAUCGAGACGGGACCAUACCUAUUCCACGUUCUAAUCGAGAAUGACGUUUGCUACUUGGUCAUGGUCGAUAAAAUGUAUUCCAAGCGACUGGCGUUCAACUACCUGGAGGACCUUGCCCAGGAGUUCCACACACACUAUGGGCGGAGGGUGAACUCGGUGACCCGGCCCUAUGCCUUCAUCGAGUUCGAUGUGUACAUACAGAAGGCGAAAAGGCAACUGACGGACCGCAGGCGAAACAUCAACAAUAUCAACACACAGCUCCAGGACGUGCAGCGCAUCAUGGUGCAGAACAUCGACGACGUGCUACAACGUGGCACGGUCUUGGCGGACCUCGACACGAAGACCCAGAACCUGUCGCUGAUGUCGCAAAAGUACAAGAAGGAUGCCAAAUUACUCAACCGCAAGUCGAUGGUCAUGAAGGUGGCGGCUGUCGGCAUCGUUUUCAUCAUCUUUUUCCUCUACUUCUGGGUUUUGUAAUAUUCGUUGGUCCCCCACUCUCUGUUUGUGUUAACGUUUAGAAUCAGUUGUCAGUGGAAGUUUCCCCGGCAGCAGCGAAAGGUGACGCUCGUCCAUCGGCGGUGGAGCAUGCUCAGUGUCGGAAGUCGGACGUCAAAGACGGACGGCCAAAAGAUAUUUAGGCUAACACACAUAUAUACCAAAUCAUAUAUCACAUACAUAUAUAUAUAUAUAUACAUGUAUAUAUGAGGGGCAAUAUUUACCAAUGCAAAGGAAUCCAGCAACUUUGACAUGAUUUAAGUUUUAUAUCUUUUUCCUCGGUCCGUAAUACCGGAAAACCAUUUAACCCAGCACACACCCGCACAGUCACAGUUGCGGUCAUCGUCAUGGUCAUGGUCCCUCGUUCGCACUAUAUUUUUCUUAAAUAUUUUAUUACGAUUUCAAUUAAAUUUAGUUUGCUCGACCUUUGCA